GUUUCCACCUGGCCUUUCCCAACUGGCACGCUGCCUCCUCUGGGACGAGACCUGGGCGACGGUUGCAAGGCCCUGAGCCUGCCACAGAGGACUCAAUGUGUGAUGAGCCAUCUCAGUUCGCAGAGAGUGAGAGACCACGCCCACAAGGGUCAUCUCCAGUUGAGGAGUAUCCUGAGACUGAAAAAUACAGUGACAGUGAUAAAGAGUGUGAAGCAGAGCAUGACCCACGCCACAAAGGUGGGACUGGAAAGAAAACUAAAAAGUCUGGGCUUGGGUCCAUGUUUGAAAAGCGCUCUACUCCAAAGAUGAGUAAACUCAAGGAAGCUGAGAGCCCUGAAUCUGAGGUGAUAGUGAAAACGGCCAAAGAUGGAUGUGCAGAGGGUCUCAUUUAUGGUGGAGGGGGAAAAGAAGGGAUUUUCAUUAAGGAAGUAGUGCCAGAGUCACCAGCCUCCAAAAAUCUAAAACUGAAAGAAGGUGAUCAGAUUUUGAGUGCCACUGUGUAUUUUGACAACAUGUCAUAUGAGGAUGCCAUUCAGAUUCUGGAGCAUGCUCAGGCAUAUAAACUGAAGCUUUGCUUGAAGCGCAAGCCAGAGAUCACAGAGACCGAACCAGCCAUCGAAUCUGACGUUAUACCUGAAGAAGACCUCCACACUCCACAGAUGAGAGAACAAGGAAAAACUAAAAGACGCGGAGAAGCUCGCAUUUCGUGGCCCAAGUUUUCAUCCUUUGGAAAAGGGCGAAAAUCACGUUUUACAAGGUCUCACAGUUCCUCAGAGGCUGAGAACAAAGAAAGCUUGAACUCAGCCCAACAACAAGCGACACAGAGUCACCAAUAA